CGGUGGAGGCUGCAGAGAAGAAGCACGGCGAGGAGGAGGAGGAGCAGAAGCAGAAGCAAAAGCAGAAGCAGAAGCAGAUCGGUGUGUCGGUGUCCUCGGUGAAGCUGCUGGUCUGCAGGUCUCAUUCGUGCACUGGUCCCACCUUAAUGGCUUAAACCGAUUCGGGCUAUUUCCAACCGUGGAGAUUUCUGGAGAUUUGAGGCUGAGCCCAAGCUGGAAAUGAAGUUUCUUGGCUUUCUCGUGUUAAUGCUGUGCCGCUCGUCUCGGGCUUUUCCUGCUCCAGUGGAUACUGUCAUAGUCCAGGCCCAGCAGUGGGGAGUGGUGGGUGCUGAGAGGGUCGAGGAACAGGUUCUUCUCAAUGGAGUGUCACUGCCCAGCACAAGCCAGGAAUUCAACAAUAUAAAGGAAAGCAUUUCAACCGAUGCACUCCUCCUUGCUCUCAUCAGUGUGAACCAGACUUCAGUGCUCAGGAACCACACUGUUCUGCGCUCUCGUGAAUGCAUACUGGAGGGGUCUGAGCUGCACUGGACGGACCGUGUGUUCUAUGAUGGGAAGGUCUAUCUCACUCUGGACCACUCGGACACGUGGACGGCCCAUGUUCCACAAGCGCUGGCCAUCAAAGUGUUGUGGGACCAGGAAGAGGAGCGCACGCGGUCAGAGAGGAUCCGCCUUCAGGAGGGAUGCAUCAGGCUCAUGAGGGAGCUGAAGCUUUCGACGGAACAGUCGGGUGCAGGGAUUCCCUUGCCUCGGGUUCUGAUCCCCAUCCUGGCACUGCUGGCGUUUACAGGCUUUAUCCUGAUCAGCCUCCUCCUCACCAAAAAAAAAGGUUUGAGGCACCCUGGAGGGGUUGUUGGCUCUCUCAUACAUUACCCCAAGGACAUGACUGAAAAGGCUCCAGAGAAAAAAGGCAAUGGUUACUGUACCUUGUGAUGCAAAGCUCCAGCUAAAUGUCGGACUUGGGUUUGAGCUCUCUCCUCUGUGUCUACUGUUGAAUGUCCACUUCAUGAUUUAACCUUAAAUAUGUUUCUUCUCUCUAUGAUGACACUGUUGCUAAAUGAAUGGAAACAUAUCUUUGCUCUAGAGCACUAACCACCUACUGUGACGAGCCAGUCUGCAUUUCAGACAUUAGUAUAUGCACUUUAUCAUGCAUGUAUCACACUGCUGUUUUUAUCCCGUGUAUCUUUCAAAUGUAUGCAUUCACCCACAGAAAUAUAAGAAUGUUUACUGCCUGUAGCAAUCUACAAACUUCUUUUUGCUCACUUAACAAGGGCAGAAGUUUCCACUAGUUUGACAUAGUCAGACAGAUUCUGUGUCAAGUCCUCAAAGUAUCUAGUGAAAGUUACCACAGAGAAUGUAACAAAUGGUCAAGCAGUGUGUUCAAAAAGCACUUCUGUGUAAUUUCCAAAGAGGCUGACCUAGCCGUGGUGUUUGAUUUAAAAAACAAAUGUAUCCUACUGGUUCAAUUUAUGAGUGCUGUUGCAAUUGUCAAUAUUUUGUUUCCUAUUAUGUUUGUAAAAUUUACAGAAAUUUUAAAUUAAAGAUGCUUUAUUCGA